UCAGUUAGAAAAAGGGUUCAAAAGAACCGACUCGUUCAGUUAAAAGAGUUGAGAUGAACCGACUCUUUUGUGAAUCAGUCGUUCAGAGGAGCUGAGUGUCAUGGCCGGUCAGGUGAAGGCUCUGGUCGGUGCUAAGUGGUUAGCCGAGGCGGUGAAGAACAAGCGCGUGGGACCGAGUUUGCGGGUUCUGGACGCGUCAUGGUACCUACCGAAACUAAACCGCAAUGCGCGUGAGGAGUUCACGCAGCGUCACAUCCCGGGCGCGUCGUUCUUCGACAUUGACGAGUGCUGCGACAAGUCGUCCCCGUUUGAUCACAUGCUGCCCGGGGAGAACGAGUUCGCCGACUACGUGGGAAAUCUGGGCGUCGGGAACGACACGCACGUGGUCGUGUACGACUGCAGCGACUUCGGCUCGUUCGCGGCGCCGCGCGUGUGGUGGAUGUUCCGCUUCUUCGGGCACCGCUCCGUGUCCGUGCUGAACGGCGGCAUGAAGACCUGGCUGCGCGAGGGCCACCCGGUCACCGACCUGCACAGCACACCGGAGCGCGCGCACUUCAGGGCCCAGGGGAACCCCGCGUGGAUCAGAACCUACGAAGACGUCCUGCAGAACCUCACCGACCGGAAGUUCCAACUCGUAGACGCGAGAGUGGAGGGACGCUUCCGGGGGCUCGAGCCUGAACCGCGCGAAGGCACAGAACCCGGUCACAUCCCCGGCAGCAUCAACAUGCCCUUUCCUUCCUUCAUGGAUUCUUUGGGACUGGAGCGUCCGGUGGAGGAGCUGAUGGAGAUGUUCCGAGAUGCAGGCGUCGACCUUCAGAAGCCCUUCAGUGUGACGUGUGGUUCGGGGGUCACGGCGUGUCACAUCGCUCUCGCAGCACACCUGUGUGGACACCCGGACGUGUGCGUGUACGACGGCUCGUGGUCCGAGUGGUUCUUCAGGGUGGCGCCGGAGCACAUCAUCUCUGAGGGGAAAGGCAAAAAGCAGCGAGAGAUGAAACAAUAAGUAUCUCAGCUUGGGUUUUAGAUCAGAACGGUGUGAAAGUGCACUUUAAAUGUGUUAAAUCAGUGCCUGGUGUAUCGCUUUUAUCUAACUAGCUAUUUGCCCAUGUUUUAUAAUUCACAGUAAAGACAGGAAGUGAACUCUUGUACAGGAGAAUAUAAAUGGAUAAACUUAGCGUUACUGAUUUUAAACCUUUACACUACAUUUAUAUUCUUCUGUAAAAUUCACUAAUCUGUUGUAUGUAAUUAAAAAGCUGAAGGACCCUCCGUAGUUCACAAACCGAGUGCACUACGUACUGAAUGGUUUAAACUAGCAUAGCUACAGUUUACUCAGGUGUAGUAAUGUGCUCAUCUGCUAUUGUUGUCUCCACUGUCAAGUUUACAACAUUUACAGCAACUAUUUUCUUAUUAUCAUUUGCAUCAUAUAAGCAGCAAUAAUAAUAAUAAUAAUUUUAAAUUGAUAGAACAGACUUGGUUUUUUUUUCCCCUUUGUGUUGAAGCAAAUAAAGAGAAAAUCUAUACCUA